AUGGCCGGCAGCGGCUCCCCGGCCAGGAAGCGCCCGCGCAGUGGCCAGGACACUCAGCGGAGCAAUCAGGUGCACCAGGAGGUCCUGGACUUUCUCAGUGACACGCUGACAACAGCCUCGCAGAAGGUCGCCAAGUCUUAUCUGCGCAUGAAGGCUGCUUACGAAGAAGAGCAGGAGGCGUUGGUGGUUCAGGAGGCAGACCUCGCCCUGGCACUUCAUGCGCUGCGUCAGACAGGCUCGGAGCUCUGCCGACGUCAGCUCGAAAUUGCAGAGACUCGCGCUCGGACGGAUGAAGCCGGACGUGCGCUGGACAGUUUACAGCCCGUGGCCCGUCUUGUGGAGAGCGUCAAGGUGCUCUUGGAGAAGGGCCCCCAAGAUAGCGAUGCAGACGGCACCAGCGGCACCAUGCGCACGCUGCAGCAAGCCCUGCGCAACCUCGGAGAGAACUCACUUGCCGACGUGGCGCCCAAGGUCCUUGGCAUGGAGCCCCGCCUCCGUGAUGGCUUUGCCAAAACAGUUGAGCAUCACUUGGUGCAAGAGAUCACCAAGCUCGAAGAAACAGUGGCCGAGGCGAAAUCUCGCUGCGUGGCGGCCUCGCAGACGUUUCAGCGCGCACAGGCGGCAUUUGCAGACGCCACCCGCGCAGACAGCUACGCCGCUGAAGAGGUGCGCAAGAGGAAGGCGGCCUACGAGGACCACCAUCGACGGGUGAGCACGCACAGAGAGGCCCUGAUGCACGCAGAAGAGAAGGACGCAUGCUUUAGCCACCUUGUGGCACCGUUUACCUGGAAGACUUCAUCAGCGCAUGACAAGUCAGAGAGCGACUCAGGUGAAGGAUCAACGUCUGCACCCGAGACUCCCCAUGCAGCGGGCAGAUGGGAACACGAAGAGAGACCAACACCUCCCAAGCCCAUUCGCUGCGUGGACGAAGAGCAAGAUUUGGCUUGCGCGUUCAAGGCAACAUGCCCCGCCCUGCAGCUGCAGGGUUUGGGAGGCCAACUCAGCUGA